CUCCUUAAACAUUUUUCUUGUGUUUUUCUUUUCUGUUUGUUUUGCUUCCAGGAAAAUAAAUAUUCAGAGAUGGAAAACAUCAAUGACAUCAUUCCUUUCGCCAAGGACAUGCUUAGACAGAGGCCCACUAGCAGCAUGUUAAAGAUCUACAUGCUCGGCUCCACUCUGGCUAUCCUUGGAAUGGUUGGCGGCAUGGUGGAGAUGAUUCUCCUGCCCUUCUUGAAGGAUCGGACCAUAGAGGAAGAACUAGCAGAACUCUUAUUUGAGAAGAAGACAAGGAACUCGUCUAUUUGUACGGAAGCUGAGGAGGUGAUCAGGGCCAUACUGUCUGAAGCGAAGGUCAAACAUCCAGGGACCGGUUCACAGAGGAGCUUAGCCAACCGUUUACACGCAUCCUAGGGAGACGAUCCUGAAAUAAAACACUGCAGACCGGGUUGUCGAUGGCAGUGGAGACGAAUCCCUUUUAUGCGUUAAUUUAUUUCUUAUGUGGUUAAAAAUGCAGCUUGCUGCUGUUGCUGGCAAAAAAGAGAACGCUGGACUUUUAGAAUGAAACUGCAGGAUACAGUAACGUCAGGCUGCUGGGCAGCAGAUUGUCAAAGAUGACUUUAUCGGAUGAACAAGGAAGAAAUUUGAUAUGUUUGAAAAGUGUUUUGUGUUGUAAUAAACUGCUU